AUGAACUUGGAGGGAGUGGGAGAUGAGGUAAGGUGCCACACUUUCCCGGUCACCCUGGCGGGACCUGCAAUACGGUGGUUCAACAACCUUCCGCAAGGCUCGGUGACCAGUUUUGUGGACAUCAGCCACACCUUCUUAGCCCAAUUCACGACUAGAAUUGCAAAAGCAAAACACCCAAUCAACCUGCUUGGAGUGGCCCAGCGGCCCAGAGUGCCGACCAGGAAAUACCUAGACCGAUUCAACGACGAGUGCCUGGAAAUAGAUGGGCUGACGGACUCAGUUGCAAGCUUGUGCCUAACAAACGGGCUCCUGAACGAGGACCUCAGAAAGCACCUCACCACGAAGCCGGUGUGGACCAUGCAGGAGAUCCAAUGUGUAGCCAAGGAGUACAUCAACAACGAAGAAGUUAGCCAAGUCGUGGCUGCCAACAAACGGCAGCCCUCUUACAACCAAGACCAGCACCGCAGGAGCAGAGAAGGACAAAAGGAACACGCCAGGGACGGCGGUCCGAGCAAGGCACCCAGACCGUUUCCUCGUGUCGGGAAGUUCACCAAUUACACUCCCCUCACCGCACCAAUCAUGGAAGUUUAUCAACAAAUCGCCGAAAAGGGGAUCUUGUCGAAGCCUCGACCACUAAAAGAACGAACAGAGGGAAACCGAAGCCUCUACUGUGACUAUCACAAGGGCUAUGGGCACAAGACACAGGAUUGCUUCGACCUAAAGGACGCAUUAGAACAAGCGAUCAGGGAUGGAAAGCUAGCUGAAUUCUCCCACCUCAUUAGAGAGCCGAGAUGA